AUGCUCAUUCGCCUCGAACCGGAUCCUUGCCUGAUCCGUCAUGGAUCAUCGUUCAGAACUGUCAAGGUCAUCGAAGAAAACGAAAUCGAGAAGCUGAUAUUCCAAAAUGUCUGGAAGCCUUUCUCGAAUUUCAGCGCGAUUUUGCCGAUGAUCAAAGGCUUCUUGAAAACUUUUGAAUUCAAUUGCCAGCAUAUAUUCAAUCAAACCGAAUUAAUCGAGCAACUUCGAAAUGAGAAAUUUGAUUUGGCAAUUACCGAAUCGAUAUUGAUUUGUAAUCAUGCGUUAAUUGAUCACAUUGGCAUCGAGAAUGUGAUAAGUGCCGAGUCAUUCUUGCAAUCGGACAUUGUGAAAUACGCGAGUGGCGAGCCGGCGUUCCCGAGCUUCUUCCCAACGAUUUUCACAGCCGACACCGACAAAAUGGGAUUUUCGGCGAGAAUGACGAACACGGCGGCGGCGAUAUUCGCGUAUUGGUUUGCCUAUAUUCGGUACGAAUACGAGCUCGAUGGAAUCAAGAAACUGUAUGCGAACGGCAAGGAUUACAAGGAGCUCAUCAAUCGCGCCGCAUUCCACAUGAUCAAUUCGAAUCGAUUUUUGGAUUAUCCGAGUGCGACACUUCCGAAGACGGUCUUCAUCGGCGGAAUGCAGGUGAUUCCGAACGGCGCGGCGAAUCUCACCAAGGAAUGGGACGAGCUGUUGAGCCGAAGGGACACCAACAUCCUCAUCUCGUUCGGAUCAAUGACGCGUAGCUCGGAAAUGCCCGACGAAUUCAAAAACGCGUUCCUCGACGUGUUUUCGUCGAUGCCUAAUAUCACGUUCAUAUGGAAAUAUGAAGACGAGAAUUCGACGAUCGCCGCCCAUCUUCCGAAUGUGAAACUGACGGCGUGGAUGCCGCAAAAUGAUCUACUAGCUGAUGAUCGGCUGACAUUAUUCAUAACCCAUGGCGGAUUGGGAAGCACCAUCGAAUUAGCUCAUUACGGCAAACCGGCGAUAGUGAUUCCACUGACCGGCGAUCAAUUCCGAAACGCGCAUAUGCUGACGCGACACGGCGGCGCAAUUCGACUCGACAAAUCGCAAUUGGGCGAUUCGCGCGCGAUCGGCGCCUCGAUCGCGACGGUGUUGAACGACGCGAGAUAUUCGGCAAACGCGAGACGAUUGUCGGCGAUCGUCGCCAAUCACCGACCGCGAGAUGUGCUCCUCGAGUAUUGCUCGUUGGCCGUCGAGUUCGGACCAUUGGAGACGCUCAAUUCGGCGGGCGCCCAUCUCAAUUAUCUACAGUACCACUCGAUUGAUCUACUUAUUGUGUUUCUCGCGAUUUUCAUUAUUUUCUCAUAUGUUUCCUAUCGAUUUUGGAAAUUUCUCAUCUGUUUUUUUAUUCGAAAAUGUCGCAGCAAGUACGCUCCAUUGCCAAUUACGGAGAAGAAGAAUGAAUAG